AUGACGAGCUUCUCCGUCCCGCCUGUGCUUUACCUCGGCGGACUGCUACUGCUCUGCUUCCUGCAUAGAGCCAUUGCCGAAGACGUCGCCUUUUACAAAUCGCGGCCCGACAUUUCUCCUUUGAUUCUCAACAUCGAAAAAACGAUUCCAGAGAAGCUCGCACCGGGGUAUAUCUUUAUCGCGCCAUAUGAGGCAGCGAACUCGGGACCAUACAUCUUCGAUAACAACGGGGAACUUAUAUGGAGCGGAUGGGGCGUGUCUGGACCGGGAAACGCCCAUGGUAUCCAUGUCUGCAAAUACAAAGGUGCCGACCACCUGUGCUUCUUCCAAGGAGAUCAGCAAAAGGGAUACUGUCGGGGUCAUGGAGUCAUCUUGGACAAAUCGUACCGGAUUGUACGAUCGGUCCAGCCUGGCGGUGGGAUGGCGGCUAGCGACAUGCACGAGUUUCGCCCAAUCGACGACGGUCGAAGCGCCCUCAUGACGGUGUACCAGCAGCGGCAGUUUGACAUGAGUCCCUGGAAUGUUCGCACCGGCAUGGGGUGGAUCAUGGAGAGCGUCUUUCAGGAAGUGGAGAUUGAGACGAGCAAGGUCUUGUUCGAGUGGCGCUCUCUCGAUCACGUCGAUCCUUCAUUGAGCUACACUUGGCCCUCGCAUACCGAUACGUCAGGAACCGGGCUGCAUGCGCUCGAGCCGUGGGACUACUUCCAUAUCAAUUCGGUGGACAAGAAUGACGACGGAGACUAUCUGAUCUCCUCCCGUCACACCUCUGCCAUCUACAAAAUCUCGGGCCGGGAUGGCUCCAUCAUGUGGCAAUUGCACGGAGCAAAACCGACGUUUCGCAACAUCAAUUUUAGUUUCUCGCAGCAACAUGACGCGAGAUGGUUGUUUGAGAACACCACCCACUCAGUCAUCUCCUUCUACAACAAUGGGUAUAACGGCUUCAACCAGACUCAUCCCAUUUCAUCUGGGAUGAUCGUCUUGAUUGACCAUGUGGAGAAGACCGCGACGCAGAUUCGCGAGUAUGCACCCGCAGUGUCUGAUCUCGUCAGCUCCAGCCAAGGAAACCUACAAGUUCUGCCGAAUCAGAAUGUGUUUGCAGGCUGGGGUAACAAUCCCUUUGUAUCGGAACAUGAUCCAGACGGCAAUUUGGUCUUGUGGGCACGAUUUGCCGAAAACGUCGUGAUGAACUACCGUGCCCAGAAAUUCGAGUGGGAAGGGACCCCCACCGAUUCCCCGGCUCUUUGGUCAUAUUCCCGUGCCGGCACACCCGUCUCUCCCUUGCAGUUCUACGUGAGUUGGAAUGGCGCCACACAAGUGAAGACGUGGCGCUUCUUUGGCGCUCAAAACGCCACUGGUCCCUGGGAACUUUUAGCGGAGGCGCCCAAGACUGGCUUUGAGACGGAAUUCAUUCAUCCCGCUUAUUUCCCGUGGACACGAGCAGGUGCGAUUGGCGCGGACGGCCAAGAGCUUGGAAUGUCCGAGGUCAAGUAUACCUUUGUGCCGUCGUCAGCUCUUCGCGAGUUCUGUCAGAUGGAUACUUGUCUCGAUACUUUCGCCUAUGGAUUUCCGGGUGAGGAGGGAGCCGAGCCGCACAUUCCAACGGCUGGUGUGAAAACCGUGCCGUGGAUUGAUGCAAAGUACGAAGAAGGCAUCUGGUCCUAUCCUUCGGGCUUUCCACAUAUCCAUUCGGAGUCGAACUCGUCCUUGUCCUCGGAUACAGAAUCGGUCAAAGAAGGGGGAGGACCGCCUGGGAAUUCAUUCCGGUGGGGUCUUGCGAUUGCCGUCGUCAUUCAAUUGCUCGCUGGCAUAUACUUUGGCUAUCGAUAUUAUUUGAAUCGCCAGGAGUUGGAGUUGUCAGAUGACGAGUCAGGGAAUCCAACGCCUGUGAAUAGCGUGCCCUACCAGGGGGCCCUGCAGGGGUCAAAGCAUCACCUCCCAUGGUGGAAUUGGCGGCGAUGGACGAGGAUGAGAGAGGAGAUGAAAUAUUUUCCUCUUACUGAUCGUACUGCUCCUCCGCGCGAGCGGAGAGAAUGA